CCUAUCACUCAUCGUGCAGCCGGAAUGCUGCCUUCGUUUUCUUUCCUCUGUGGGAUCUCACUCUUUGACACCCUCAUACGGACACCGGACUGACCAUGAAUCUCUUGCGCUCCAGUGGAAGCUUGUCCUGGGCUCUCCGUUCAUGUCAGCGGCCGAGGGCAUCCCGGUGCCAGACACUACUACCUCUUCCCCGUCGCCAAUUCCAUGCCGUCUUGCCUCUGUGGGGGACCAAGUCUCAGGUACUGAAGGACGUGGGCGAAGGGAUAACGGAAGUUCAAAUCAUUCAAUGGUACGUUGAGGAGGGGGCAUACAUUGAGGAGUGGAAACCCCUCUGUCAAUACCAGUCGGACAAAGCAGUAGAUGACAUCACCUCGAGAUACGAGGGAGUGGUCAAGAAGCUUCAUUUCCAGGCGGAUGACACAGUUCCUACCGGCAAGGCACUCUGCGAUAUAGAAGUCGAGGACGGGAAGUAUCCGGACGAUAGCCCGCCGCCAGUGCCCAAGAUCGAGCCGAUACCAGUCAGUCCUGCUCCCAUAGUAACCAGAUCGCCGCAGCCCGUCCAAGAGAUCGCUACAACGGUGAAAGAAAGCACCAAUAACACAUCUAAAUCGCCGUAUGCAACAUUGGCUACUCCAGCAGUUCGAGGACUGCUGAAGUUAAAUAGUGUCAACAUCGAAGAUGUUCAAGGAACAGGCAAAGACGGUCGUGUUCUCAAGGAAGAUGUGCAGCGAUUUAUCGCACAGCGGGACUUGGCACCUGCGGCGCAGGCCAGAGUCUCUGAAGUCCAAGAUGAGACAGUAGCCAAACUGACGCCAAUCCAGUCUCAGAUGUUCAAGACCAUGACCCGGUCCCUUGAGACCCCGCAGUUCCUCUAUGCAGAUGAGCUCAACAUUGAAAGUGUCACGGCAAUAAGGAAGAAGCUAGCCGAGGAUCCCAAAGACCCCAAGAAAAUCAGCUUGCUCUCAUUUGUCAUCAAGGCCAUGUCACUUGCUCUGAAUGAGUAUCCGCUUCUCAAUGCAAAGAUCGACACCAGCGAUGCUGCCAAACCACGGUUGAUUAUGCGGUCGAAACACAAUAUUGGCGUCGCCAUGGACACACCUCAGGGGCUGUUGGUCCCCAACAUCAAAGACGUUGGCGGUCGCUCAAUCCUAGACAUUGCCUCGGAAAUCUUGCGUCUGAAUGCUCGCGCGAGAGAAGGGAAGCUUACACCUGCGGACCUCAGCGGUGGCACAAUCACCGUUUCCAAUAUUGGUAAUAUCGGAGGCACAUACGUCGCGCCGGUAGUCAUACCGAAUGAGAUGGCGAUCCUCGGCAUUGGCAAGGCCAGAACGGUACCUGUUUUUGACGAUGCAGGCCAGAUUACGAAAGGCGAGCUGGUGAACUUUAGUUGGAGUGCUGAUCAUCGAGUGGUGGACGGUGCGACCAUGGCCCGGAUGGCCAACAGGGUCCGGGAACUUAUUGAGUCGCCAGAGCAGAUGCUUUUGAGCUUGCGAUAGCUAAUACAUAGACAUACCCCGAUACUUCCGUGAUGACCAUUAGCUCCAAGUGCUACAUACAUAGAAGACUGCAAAUGAAGCAUAUGCUUGCACCCAACCUGACUCUUUACACAACUAAUGAAAUUGUGC